CUACGACUGAUGCCCUCUGUUCAAAACCACAUCGAAGCGGUGCAGCAGUUCCUGGUUUUAAACAACUGGCGGUUUGUCGUCUUGAUUGUUGAGCAGGGUGACGAAGGAACUGAAAUAUCCGAAACUUUUCGUGCGUGGGCCAAGUUAACGCGCAUCUGCGUGGAAGUCAGCAUCACCCUGGACGAGAUGAUCGACAACAAGCACAUCAUCCAUCUCUUGCUGUCGCCGACCACCCCAAAAGUUACCGUUGUGUUCGCAUCGAAAGACAAACUCUUAGAAUUGGUCCGCUCCAUCAAGGCCAGCAAUGCCACCAACCGUUUCGUCUGGAUAGGAAACGAUGACCUGCUGGAAGUCUUCAACACGGGAAAUCUUCAACCGGGCACCUUCAUCGUCAAGUACAAGAUCCAGGCUGUCCCGGAAUUCCAGCAUCACUUUAAGCAGCUCAACCUGACCAACAAAAACCCAUGGUUUCGGCAGGCGGUGGGAAAAUACUUACAAUGCGACAACCACGACUGUUUGGAGAAUGUCUUGGCAUCUUACGUCACAUCGGGGUCCCAGAUCGUGCCGCUCAUAUACGAUUCCGUGUGGACGUUCGCGAAUGCAGUAGCGAGUCUUCUGGCAGAAAGAUGUCCGAAUCGAAAGGGUCAGGAAGCGCUCAGGUGCUUCAAACAUCACCGCGAUUUCUUUUUCGGCCAUUUGAAGACAGUCAGUGACGGCGUCACCAAGAAGUCGAAGAAAUUCGACGAUGACGGUUUCGUUAACGGGCUUCUCAGCAUCGACCAGAUCGUCAGCUCCUCCAAACACACGAGGCCUCAAUUUGACGAGGUCGCCACGUUCGACACGAUGGCAAAGCAGUUGAAGAAAAUCAAGGAUUUUUCGGUGGAGUACUUCAAGUUUGACCCGGCGAUUCUGGCGAUAGACUAUAAAUGCCAGAAACCGUGCGCCCGCGACGAGUACAUGGCGGGCACCAGCAAGAGCAUUAAUCAGGCGGAGUGCUGCUGGGUGUGCAAGAAGUGCCUCGACAACGAACGGGUCUCCGACGACGGCAAGCACUGCGAGGAAUGCCCCCAUUUCCACUGGCCGGCGCAUUUGGAAAAGGAGAGCGUGUGCCUGCCGUUGCCUACGGAUUACUUCUCUUGGUACGAUCCUUUGCCGGCCACACUGAUCGUUGUGUCCCUCGUUGGGGUUAUUUUCGCAGUGUGCUUGAUUCUUAUCUAUUGGUUCAACCGCAAGCUCGACAUCAUCAAGGCAUCAAGUAUUGAACUCAGCAUCGUUCAGCUUGUUUCCAUAAUUAUUGGCUACGUCGCCGUUCCUGUCUUUCUGCAGAAGCCCUCCGUCGUUACCUGUAGCAUCGCCCAUUGUUUUUUCUCACUGAGCUUCAAUAUCUUGUACCUGGGGAUGCUGAUCAAGGCCGUGCGCGUGUUCAGAAUCUUCCAGACGUGCCGGAACGAAAUGAGGAUCAAGUACACAAGCCCAACGUUUCAGCUAAUUAUGACGCUGUCAUUUGUCGUACUUGAGGUAAGGAUCAUUGUGACCGGUUCUAUUUGCCCUACUUGA